UUGAGCUGCUUCCUCCGGGGACGGGGUCAGGUGAGGUUUCCAUAGAUAUGAAGAGGUUUCUCUCAGCGGUGCGACGAAGCCUCCUUCCAAUGCGUCCUUCAUUUCCCAGGAUUCAUUGCACAACUGUGACGGUCGGAUGUUUGAGAAUAUGGCGGACUCCGUAAGCGGAACUUCUUCGGGGGAAGAUUCUACUUCUAAAUACCUCCCACAGCAACAUGUCUAUAAGGAGGAGGUUCUCGUUGAGCAGCAGCUCUGUAACCAGGACAAGACUUCCAAUCUAGACCAGGAGGACCUAAUACUUAGACAGAUUAAAGAAGAACAGGAGGAACUCUGCACCAGUGUGGACGAGGAGGACCCAGAGCCACCCCAGAUUAAGGAGGAACAGGAGGAAUUCUGCAUCAGUCUGGACAGUGAGCAGCUUGUACUAAAGCAGGAGAGUGAUACUUUUAUGGUGACUGUUACUUAUGAGGAAAGUGACCACAGUGAACCAGAACAAGAUGGUGACCAGCUUCUGUCUUACAACUCGCUUGUGGCUGAGAGCCCAGAUCAGGAGGAAAGUGAGCACACUCAGUCGGGUUCAUCUACAAUUUCAGAACUAAACCCAAAGAACAGACACUACCAUGGAAACAGUGGUCACAGUAACAAUGUGGACAACUCUUCCAUGUCAGAGAGUCACUACGAUAUUAGCAGAGGAAAAAAGACUUUAACAUGUGACUUCUGUGGAAAAGACUUUAAAUAUAAGUCAGAUUUCAAGAAACAUCAGAGAAUCCACACAGGUGAGAAGCCGUUUGCUUGCGAAACAUGUGGAAAAGGUUUCAGUCUUUGUAGCAAUUUGACUGUCCACAUGAGAACGCACACAGGUGAGAAGCCGUACCUUUGUAACACGUGUGGGAAAAGAUUUACUGUCUUAUCAGCACUAGAAAGGCAUGAUGCUGUCCACACAGGUAAGAAGCCAUAUUCUUGUACAACCUGUGGGAGAAAUUUCAGUCAAAGCAGUAUUUUGUUGCGCCACAUGAGAACUCACACAGGUGAGAAGCCUUAUUCUUGCGAAACAUGUGGGAAAAGUUUUACUGUAAGUCGUAGUUUGAAAAUUCACAUGAGACUCCACACAGGAGAGAGGCCGUACCUUUGUAACACAUGUGGAAAAAAUUUUCCGCCCGAUCAGCACUUACAAGUCAUAUGAGAAUCCACACUGGUGAGAAGCCGUAUUCCUGUGAAACAUGUGGGAAAAGUUUCAACCAAAGCAGUAUUUUGUUUCGCCAUGUG